AUCCGGAGCUCAGGACCAGCUGGGGUCCAGGAGAGCCAGGUUCCCAGCCCGACAGCUGCAGAAGCGACUGUGGUUCUGACAUCUGGAGCCUUUAUGGUUCACGCCCUGGCACGGUGACUUACUUUGCACAACAGCAGGAGCGCCCUGGGGCUGGGAUGGGCGUGUCCUCUCCCCGACUCUCCGCCCCUUGUCCCUGCGCUCACCCUCGGGACCGCAGCCUUUAUAACUGCGCUGCACAGCGAGGCGAGGGCGCGAUCCACCUCCGGACUCCAGGGCUACCGCUGAGCUCUCCGCUGGGGACCAGAAUGACCACACUCGCCCCCAAGGGCUGCCGCUCAAACCUGGACUCCAGGUACCACAGACUUUGUGAUCUGGCCACAGGCUGGGGCAUCGGCCUCGAGACGCUCGCUGCGGUGGGGGCGGCGACCUCGGUGGCCUUCAUGCUGGCCCUCCUGGCCCUCGUCUGCAAGGUGCAGGACUCUAACAGGCGCAAGAUGCUCCCGACCCAGUUUCUCUUCCUCCUGGGUGUGUUAGGGAUCUUCGGCCUCACCUUUGCCUUCAUCAUCAAACUGGACGGGGGCACGGGGCCCACCCGCUUCUUCCUCUUCGGCGUCCUCUUUGCCAUCUGCUUUUCCUGCCUCCUGGCCCAUGCUUUCCACUUGACCAAGCUCGUACGUGGGAGGAGGCCUCUGUCCUGGCUGGUGAUUCUGGGCUUGGCUUUGGGCUUCAGCUUGGUGCAGGAUGUCAUCGCUGUUGAGUACAUUGUCCUCAGCAUGAACAGGACCAACGUCAAUAUCUUUUCUGAGCUCCCUCUCCCUCGUCGCAACGAAGACUUUGUCAUGCUGCUCAUCUACGUCUUCUUUUUGAUGCUGCUGACCUUCCUCGUGUCCUUCUUCGUCUUCUGUGGCCCCUUUGCCAGCUGGAAGAGACACGGGGCCCACAUAUGCCUCACCAUGAUCCUCUCCAUCGCCGUCUGGGUGGUGUGGAUCGUCUUGCUCUUGAUUUCCUCCCUCGACCCCAGAUGGGAUGAUGCCAUCCUCGGCACGGCCUUGGUUGUCAAUGGCUGGGUUUUCCUGUUGUUUUAUGUCUUACCUGAGUUUCUGCUGCUCCCAAAGCAGCAAAGCCCCAUGGAUUACCCAGUGGAAGAUGCUUUUUGUAAACCUCAACACAUGAAGCAGAGCCAUGGUGCAGAGAACAAAGCCUACACUCAAGAGGAAAUCACUCCAGGCUUUGAAGAGUCCCCUGAUGCGUUGUAUGCUCCUUACUCCACCCAUUUCCAGCUACAGAACCGGUCUCCUCAGAAAGAUUUCUCCAUCCCACGGGCCCAGGCUCAGCCCAGCCCUUACAAUAAUUAUGAAGGAAGGAAAGAGGGCAGAUAACUCUGUUCUGAAGAGUGGCAGACGCAGUGGGGAGCCCCAAGGGCUGUGGACUGAAUCCGGAAUCUUCUGGAACUGUACAGAACGUCCGCCACAGGAGGGCUCACUGCCUCUCAGCCCGGCCACUGCUGUUGGUGCUGAUGGUGGCCAAUAAGACUCCAGUUCUUUGCAGUGUCAUGCUUUUCCUUUGUCCCAUACUUAGGAUACCUCUGUGGAGUGGAAGUCUUGGUCAACUCAGGGUCAGACUCUUCCUAUUCUCUCGGUGUGAUUAGAGGUUUGGUCACCUGACCACACGCUGGCUUGCGCAGCUUUGGGAGCGGGCUCAUCUAACUCAGAGCGGGUUUCAUGAGGAUUGCUUGGCCCAGAGCAGAGCGGCAUAUUUGAGCAAAACCAGCCAACCUGAGUCUCAGCCCAUACCGUCUAAUUCUACCCUGGAAGCCAGCCUGCCUUUCUACCCAGGCCAGGCUAGGGGUCACCGUAAAGCUGCUCCUCCUGUGUGGCCUGGGAAGCUCCCCAGCAGCAGCUCACAGGGUGCCCCUCUUGUACAAGCCCUGGCUUGCUGUCAGCCCCCCAAUGGACUUGCACCCUUGGGCUCUGCAGGGUGUCCUUCCAGAACUCACUGGUAUGGACAAGCCGAGCUUCUCCUUGCCAUCCGUUCCUGGUGUAGAUCUUUCUCCCACCCCUUGUCCCUCAGUCUCUGUAAAUAGAUUUGUGCUUUGCUCACCUCCCAAAUUCUGUACCUGGGCAUUGUCUGCACUUGGGGAAUGUUUGUUGGGUGGUAAGUUAUUCAUCUGGAUACGCAAUAAAGAUGUGGC